AGAGAGUGUGUGUGUGUGUGUUUGUGCAGAGAGAACGGAUCCGAAUCUGUCCCUGGGGGUGGAAAAGCAAGCAGGUCACGAGAGGGAUCUCACUUCCUUUCUUUCUUCUCGCUCUCGCUCGGACUCGUUUCGUUUGCCCUGGAGCAGAGGGAGAGAUCGUUUUCAGUUUUCACAGGUGAACGCUUCACGGGGUUUCGGAUCCGUAUCGCUCCUUUUACUUAUUCUAGUUUCUCGGUCGCUACUUUAGCUGCCAGCUUGAUUUCCACGCUGUGUGCUUGAUUUGCCGAAAUCGGAAUUUCCGGCUGGUUUCUCGGCGGAAUGUGGUGGAGCGGGUAGGAGCAGGUGUUCGCGGCUCUGUUCAUCCACCUUGCCUCCGGCGACAUGGCUCGGCCUCCGGCUUCCCUCGCACUUGGAAUGGAUAUGCCUAUCAUGCACGACAGCGAUAGGUACGAGCUCGUCCGGGACAUCGGCUCCGGGAAUUUCGGCAUCGCGAGGCUGAUGAGGGACAAGCAGACGCAGGAGCUCGUGGCGGUCAAGUACAUCGAGCGCGGCGAGAAGAUUGACGAAAACGUGCAGAGAGAAAUUAUAAAUCAUAGAUCGUUGAGGCAUCCAAACAUUGUUAGAUUCAAACAGGUUAUAUUAACACCGACGCAUUUGGCGAUCGUUAUGGAGUAUGCAGCUGGUGGGGAGCUUUUUGAGCGCAUCUGUAAUGCUGGACGCUUCAGCGAGGAUGAGGCUCGGUUCUUCUUUCAACAACUAAUCUCGGGCGUUAGUUAUUGCCACUCUAUGCAAGUUUGUCAUCGUGACCUGAAGCUCGAAAACACCCUCUUAGAUGGGAGUGCAACUCCUCGCCUGAAGAUCUGUGACUUUGGUUAUUCAAAGUCAUCUGUGCUGCAUUCACAGCCAAAGUCUACUGUUGGAACUCCUGCAUACAUUGCUCCCGAAGUAUUGCUCAACAAGGAAUAUGAUGGAAAGAUUGCUGAUGUAUGGUCGUGUGGGGUAACACUCUAUGUCAUGCUGGUAGGCGCCUACCCUUUCGAGGAUCCUGCAGAGCCCAAAAAUUUCAAGAAGACUAUACAGAGAAUUGUGAAUGUUCAAUACUCUAUUCCUCAAUACGUUCACAUCUCCCCAGAGUGCCAGCACCUAAUCUCGAGGAUUUUUGUCCCUGAUCCAGCAGCGAGAAUUACGAUCCCUGAGAUCCAAAAACAUGAAUGGUUUCUAAAGAAUCUUCCAGCAGAUCUCAUGCAAGAACACAGGAUGAACUUUGAGGAGCCAGAUCAACCCAUGCAGAGCGUGGAUGAUAUCAUGCGGAUAAUAUCAGAGGCUACAAUCCCUGCGUCUUGCGAUCGGGUCGGCCAGUUCCUACCAGGAACUUUCGAGCUAGAUGACGACGAGAUGGAUGAUCUAGAUUCUGACCCUGACCUUGAUGUUGACAGCAGUGGUGAGAUUGUCUAUGCAAUGUGAUCGUAUCAAUGUUACGGAUGGCACAGCUUAAGCAGUUAUUUUGCUAUUCACGUUACGCCUUUGAAAGCAAGGGCCAUUAAUCACCGUAUUAUGCAGCUUUCUGGUUCGCUUGGUUGCAUGCGUAAUGUGUUAGAAUUAUUUUGUUCUGGAAGUUAGGCUGCAUGCAGAAUUUGGUUUUAUCCUCGGUGCCUUUAAUGUGCGGUUGCUUCACGAUGAUGGUGAGAAGGAUCGGUUACUCUAAUUUUUCUUCUGUAUAUCUCCAUUGGGUCUUCAUGCUCGUCUUCUUAUUAACAAGAAGCGUAUAUUUAUGGAGACUAUUGAUAUUAAAGAUAAUAAAAUUAGUGUUAA